UCUUUCAAGUUCGCAUUUAGUAUCAUUAUAGACCACAAUCACACUACUCGUUGACUUGAAACAAUAAAAAAACAUUAAAUAUUUAUAAUAAUAUAAUUACAAAAAAACACACGUGUUUUAUCUAAAACUUUCCUAUAUACUGUUUAGUGUUAUUAGUGUGUGUUUUAGUGUGGUUAGUGUUGGAAGUUUAGUGUAGUUUAGUGACGUUUAGUGUAGUGCAGAGAUUUAUUAUCUGAUUUCCGGUGUAAAAAAUGUCAAGAUGGUUCGAGCCGUGCACGCUACGUUACUUAUACUGUGCGUCACUACGCACGUGAGGACACAGUUUUUUGAUUUCUUCUCGGCAUUACAACCAAGAGGCCAACAGACUUUGCGACCACUCUUCCAACUAGACAUAACCACUAAACGCCUACGAACCACUAAAACCACUAGACGACCAGAAACCACUACAAAAAGGAAUACUCCUUUCUCAUUCUAUUCAGAUGACUUCAAUAAAAGAACAACGAAAAGACCCGAGACGACUACAAAAAGGAACACGCCUUUCUCUUUCUACACAGAAGAUUUAGAAAGAGACAAGCAGAAGACUAAAAAUGCACCACUCGCAUACGACUUUUUUAGUACAACUACUAGAACAACUACAAAAAGCAAUCCUAGUAGACGACACUAUGAUCCCAAUACUAGAGAUAAUGUAAAUAUAAAUAGUAAAGUAGUUAGUAAAGAAGCAAAUAAUAAUAGUAAUAAUAGAAAUAACAAAUCAAAAACUAUUAAUAACUCAAGAAAUGUUAAUGUACAUAGUAUACCAAAAUCACAGCAAAGUAGUCAGUACAAUAAUGAUAGAUUAAUAUUCGACGACGAUGGCAGAAGAAACACAGUUAUCAAUUAUGAAACUACAAAACCGAUUCACACUACAAAAUAUCCUUAUCUCUAUGAAAGUAACAGAAAAACUACACCGACUUCAAGACCCUAUACGGUUAGACCAGGGGUCAAACCCGCUGUGGUUAAUGGACCUCCUAUAACUAACAGACCUGCCACACAAAGACCUAGUUUUGGACCCCAAGGCUUAAAUGAUGAUGUAAGUCCAGAACUGAUUAUUGGACCAAGUGAAGACUACAUGAGUACAGUUGAAAAGAAGAGAUAUAUUGAAAUGGCUGAGAAAAUGUGCGACAAAUACAAGGCCCUGGACAUAAAGCAAAUCCAGGCCAUACCAUUAGUGCCAUCCCCGGAACCCGUACGGGUCAACGUGUCGACCUGCAGCCCGCACGAGGUCGCGCUGGUGGUGGGGGGUCGCGUCGCCUCCAUACAGGAGUUCAGGCACAUGGCGUUACUGGGCUGGAAUAAAAUUCAGACCGGCGGCUACUCGUGGAAGUGUGGCGGCUCGCUGAUCAGCAACCAGUUCGUGCUGACCGCGGCGCACUGCGCCUACCAGGACAGGGACAAUAGUGUUGUCAUAGGCCCCCCACAAGUGGUGCAGCUGGGCUCCUCAUACCUGGACGACCCCGGCGCGGUGGUGGUGAGGGUGGCCGCCGUCAUCCGACACCCCAAGUACAAGCUGCCCAAGUCCUACUACGACAUUGCGCUCGUCAAGAUGGCCAACACUGUUACGUUUUCCAGCGUAAUAAAACCCGCCUGCUUAGGAAUACCACCUGCACCUGGCCAGUCGAUCAUAGCGACCGGGUGGGGAAGAACUGAAUUUGGUGGCGACCAAUCCCAAGAACUUCGUAGUGUGUCCCUGCCUAUAUGGGACAUGGCGGAAUGCUACAACGUUCUGGGAACUUCUAGAAGGUUACCAGAAGGACCUUCUAGCGAUAGCCAGAUAUGCGCAGGCGAGAAGAAAGGAGGCAAGGAUACUUGUCAGGGUGAUUCAGGAGGCCCAGCACAAAUCCAAGAUGGCUGCUCGUGGCGAGUGGUCGCCGUCACAUCUGUUGGAAGAUCCUGCGGCGCAGCCCAAACUCCGGCACUAUACGCCAAAGUACCCAGAGCCUUCAUAGCCGCUGUUGUUUUCGGCGGACAAUCUGGCAACAACAAUCAACAGUCCAACAACAACAACCAGAACUCCAACAACAAUCAACAAUCCAACAACAAUCAACAGUCGAACAAUCAGCAGACCAAUAACAACAAUGGAAACAAAACUCCACAGUGGAAUACGAAUAAACAACAAUCGAAUAAUAAUGGACAACAAAAUAAUAACAACCAGCAGUGGAAUAAUAACCAACAAUCAACCAACCAGUGGAAUAACCAACAACAAUCCAAUAAUAAACAACAACCAACCAACAAUCAACAAAAUUGGAACAACAACCAAGACAACAGUUGGAAUCGUCGCCAAGGGGAACCGAACAGGAAUCCAGAUUAUAACAACCAACCUCAGUCUAACAAUCAGGGGUCCAACAACAACAGAAAUAACCAAAAUAUAAAGAGAGACGAUCAGAACAACAAUUAUUAUGUUCAAAGUGGAAACACCAAUGUCUAUCAAUCGAAUAAUCAAAAUAAUGGUCAAUAUAACAGAGGUCAGUCCAAUAAUGGUUAUACUACAGAAAAACCGGUUUAUAAUCAACAAGGGAGUUAUAAUAAUGGUUACGUUACAGAGAAACCUGUUUAUAAUCAACCAAGUGGUUACAAUAAUGGUUACAUAACAGAAAAACCGGUGUACAACCCACAAGGUGGUUACAAUGUUGGUUACACAACAGAAAAACCUGUAUACAGCCAACAAGGUGGUUACAAUAACGGUUAUACGGUAGAAAAACCGGUUUAUAAUCAACCAAGUGGUUACAAUAAUGGUUAUACUACAGAAAAACCGGUUUAUAAUCAAAAUGGUGGUUAUUAUAGUGGAGAUUAUGAUGCAGUGGUACCAUCGGGCUACCAAAAUGAUGGUAGAGUGUGGUGGACUUGAAAAUAAUCAAAAAAAAGUUGCAUGUAUCUAUGUGUAGUGUGUAUAAUUGUUUUCUGGUAAAAAAUAUCGCUGGACGACAGGGAUCGCUGGAUUUGUCUGCGUUUGGGUAUAGUACUACAACUUUUAUAAGUUACGCCAAUGUACCUGCGCAGAAAUCUUAUUUUUGAAUGGUGCGAAAAUAUCUAGGCCAAUCAUAGCGCGCGUCCGUCCGCUAUUGGUUGUUGCCUACGCGCCAUGUUUUG